AUGCUCGCGAUACUACCGAGAGAGUGUCUGCGAUCCGCUCGGUCUUCCUCACGCUUCGCACCGCUCGUCGUAGGCUGCAGCAAGCGUCUACUCUCGACACCUUCUUCCGACCCGUCCAGGUCGCACGCCGCCCCAGCGACGGGCCAGACAGUCGACCUGGAUUUCGAAGCAUACGAGCCCACCUCUGAACAGAUACAAAAACGUCGUACGGAAGUGCCCGUCUCCUCGUUGGUCGUGUGCCAUGGGUUGUUUGGAUCCAAGCAGAACUGGCGAUCGCUGGGACGCGCCAUGUCAUCCCGUUUCGGAGUCCCCGUCUUUGCACUCGAUCUCCGCAAUCACGGUACUUCGCCGCACGUCGACUCGCUCGCCUACUCGGAUAUGGCUCAAGACGUCAUCAACUUCAUGUCGUCCCGAAAGCUCUCCAACGUGGGACUGAUCGGACAUUCCAUGGGAGGAAAAGUGUCUAUGAGCGUUGCGCUGCAUCCCGAUCUACCGCAGGGGAUGAUACGCAAUCUGAUCAGUGUCGACAUGUCAGCGAAACGUGGACCUCUAUCGCCUGAAUUCGAACGAUACAUCGAUGCCAUGAUCGAAAUCCGCGACAAACCGUGUCGCUCACGCCACGAAGCUGAUACCAUCCUACAAGCCACCGAAUCGGAUCUCGGAGUCCGACAAUUCCUCCUCACAAACCUGACACGUUCUCCACCAGGUGCUGAAACGUGGAGCUGGAGGAUACCCGUCGAUCUCAUCCGCAAAAACAUUGCCCAGAUCGGUGAUUUCCCGUACAACCCUCCGAACGCGACGGAGGAGGAGUUGGCGGGUGCGAGUGAGUCCGCUCAGGAGAGGAGCUGGAAUGGUGAAACGCUCUUCAUCAAAGGGACGAAGAGCAAGUAUGUCAACAGGAAGAACAUUCCGACGAACCAAAAGUACUUCACCAAGUCAAAGCUGGUGAGGAUGGAUACAGGACAUUGGUGUCAGGCCGAGAAGCCGAAUGAGUUUGUACAGGUUGUCGAGGAUUUCUUGACGGGGAGAACGAAGGAUGAGACUGAGGAGGCGCUGCGACCUAGGAAGUAA